GGAAGGAGCCCAGCGCACGGCCGAAAGUGCAUCUGCACUAUAUCUCCUCAGCGACCCCAGAAAGCGCAGUACUGUUACCCGCUUACGAGUCGCCCACGUUCCCUACCAACCCUGCUGCAGCCUCAGUCAGAGUCUGCUGCUGCUGAGUCCGAGAGUGUCAGAGCUGUGUGUGACGAGUCUCACUCUUUGCCUCGUGCUACCACAGCCACGCCCCGUCUGUCACCAUUGGUGCGAGAGCCUGCACGCCUAAGGUUUCAUAUCACAGCACUCAGUCAGCCAAACGCCGCAUCGUUACGAUAAUUACCAUCAGCCGCUCGAGUCUGCCUGAGAUUUCGCAGACAUUUUGAUUCUCCACCAGACACCAUGGCCGAUGCUAUCGUGUCGACACAGCUGCCCCAGUGGAACUACGCAAAACCUGCCAUUACGACCCGCACCGAGCGCUCUGGGUCUGACAGCUCGGCUUCCAGCCCUAAUUUGUGCAACAACGAGCACGAGACAUUGCGGCUAGACACCGCUGCGACGCAGACCAUCCGAAAGGGAAGCAUUUCCCUCCAGGACCGCUACAUGUCCAGCGAAGAGGAUCUGUCACCUGCCUGUGAAGACUCUGGCUCUGAGUCUGAGUACGACUACGAUGGUGCUGUCGUCGAGGAUCUGACCCAGCAAUGCCACUCAGCCAAGAGGAUGUCUAUGUCGAGAUGGAACCAGGGAAAGAGCUGCGACACUGCUGUCAAGGUGUCCUAUGCCUUUGUCGGCCGCCCUAAGGUUGUCGAGCUCAACCUUGGUUCACCAGUGCUAGAGCGCCCAAUGUUGACACAACGGUCCGCUUCGCUAGCCAACCUGCCAGCGACUGCUCUGAGCAAGCUCCAGAAGGCCGAUCAGGCCCAGCGUCACUCAUUGAACGUAAUGCCUGUGUCGAAGUGUCCCAACUCCCCGCUCACCCGUCCCAUCUCUCCCCUCGCCAUUAUCGAGCAUCGACGUCCUUCGACCAGUUACAGCCCGUCGAGCAAGUCGAGCACAUUGAACCUCGGUGACCUCACUUCCACAGCCUCCUCGAUCGAUACCGCGCCUUCGAGCCGCAGCGCCUCACCCGCAGUUGCUGCACCCGUUCGCCCUGCAAGUGCUACACCACAGGGUGUAUCUUCGAGACGCUCCUCGGUCUACGUCCCAACAGGAGCUCGCCCAGAGCUGCAGCGCACUCAAACCACACAAACAAAUUUCCGCCACUCCCACCAGGUAGCACUACCGACACCAAUGUCACCUGCCACUCACGCCUUUCUCAACACCGACCCUUUCGCGAAGCCUGCCGCCAAUACCACAAUCCCUGCGAACAAGCCGUCCACGCACAGGCGCUUAAGGUCAAUCUCGAUGAAGCUUUCUCUUGCAAGGAUCGCCAUUACUCCAUCUUCAUCAAAGAAGAACACCAACAACAUCCCCGUCUCGCCGUACACACCUCUUACACCCCAGACUGCGCCCAUCGAAGCCUCAUCCGGAUUCGCGAGCCCCAUGCCUAACAAGCUGCGCCGCGCCUCGACCAUUCUGCGACCAAAAUCUCGCGGAGCUGAGGACUCAAGAGGUCCUUCGCCGGACAUGGCACCUCCUCCAGUCCCCGUUUUGAACCGCGCAAGCACCAUGGGUCUUCCUCAGCGCCACUCAAAGAUGGUUGCUCGAGGUGCCAACGAGCGCGAGCCAACUCUCGUCCUCCCUCCUUUCGCAGAUGUGAAAAUCAACCCCAUGGCCAGCGUCAAGAGCGGAAAACUGCGCAAGCGCAAGUCCCUGAUGGAUCUGCUCUAGAAAGGUUUAACUCCUUGGCUCUUUUGAGUGUUUCAUUCGAACCUGCCUUUCACGCAAGGACGCAUAGACGUUCAUGCGCUACCCUGUCACUUUCACGUCACCUCCGCAAUUGUACAUGUCACCCUUCUCUCAUCUCGGCCACUCUACCACGGCGCUCCAGCGUACUGUGCAUAAUACCCGGCGUUACUUUGGGCGUUUAUACCCACAUCGAGGUCACGAUACCCUCUUGGGCACGUUUCUGUUUCUGUUAUCGCAUUCUGGCUUGCGAAGUGCUCGCAGCCCACCAUCUGUCGCUAUCGCAUCUAGCAUGCACCUCGUUGAUCUAGGAUCCGAAAUUCUCCUUAAUUACCACAACGACGGCUGUUUUAAUCAAGAGACUCAUGAUAUCCUGUAGUAUGGUAUUACUUGGUUUCUAGCGCUGCUCAGCAUAGACGCGCAAUUGCAACCUACUGUCUGUCCCAUC